UCUCAAAAAUAUUUUGUUCUCAAUCUCUCUCUAAAAUCUCUCUCUCUCUAAAAUCUCAGGCAAUUGGAAAAUGGAAGGGCUAGAAAAGCUGGGACAAGUACAGAGUACUAUAAACUUGCUGCAUUCCGUCGGAGUUUCCGAUGCCAACCCCGUCGCCGAACGCUUCCUCGCCGAUUUCACCUCCCUUCUGAUGCAAAGGUUCGGUGAGCUUGAAGUUACCUCGAAAUGCGAAUUGAUUUCCAAACACAUUUCAAAGAUAUUAGAUUUAUUUACCGGCGGUGCGUUACAAUGUGGAAGUAAAGGUUGCAGCUCGAUUGGAAACGAUUUACAACUUUAUUGCGACAAUAAAACGAAUUUGGAUCGUGUGCAGAGUUUGCAUGAUAAUGUUGCUAUGGUUGGGAUGGAUGCAAUGAUCCGUUCGAAUUCAACUCUUGAGGAUUUUUGCAGGUCAUAUUUUAUGUUUCACAAAAUGGAAGCGAACCAGCCAAAUUCGAUUUUCCGAUACCUGCCUAUGCUUUCAUUUACAGAAAGUUAUAUUUAUCAGCUGGAUGACUUAAACGAGAAACUACUGCAGUUGCCGAGGGAUGGAGUUUCGAUUUUUCCUACGGAAUUUAAGGAUCCGUUUAGACCCCUCGUUAGUGUACUAGAACAACAUGGGAUUUUGACUGAACGAAUUAUAGAAGAGUUGAGGUGUGGAGAAGAAUAUUGGGCUCUGGAAAGAAAGUUAUGCUGUGCACUUGUGAGCAAUGACAAGAUAUCAAUUGAGGAUGUAAUAAGGGCUAUCCAUCUCAAAUCCUUCGAUUAUCGAAUGCUGAACCUUCUAUUGUAUCAACUAAGAGGAGAAAAGGUAAAUGAAUUGCAUAUGGAGUUUCUGUCAAUCUCGGAAUUGCUUGUCGAAAUAUCCGAUGAUCUGUUUGAUUACGAAGAUGACGUAUUAGAGAAUAAUUUCAACGUUCUUCGAAUGUUUGUGAAAUACUACGGAGCUUCUUCAGCACCAGUGAUGAUGGCAAAUUUCAUAACCGAAGCGGAAGAGAAGUACGAUAAAUUAUUGAAAUCAUUAGAAGAUGAACUUUCUGUGAUGUAUAAGAAAAGAUGUGAAGAAGCUACAAAAGAAGGUGGGAAAAUUUAUGGUCCUCUCGGAACAUGGCACAUGCCAACUGUGAUCGCAGACGAGAUUGGAUAUCGAACGAAAUUUUCAUCUAAAACUCCAUAAUUUUGUACCUCAAACAGAUCAUUACAAUAAUUUAAUAUCCGAUCGACAUAUUUUUUGACUAGACGGUUACUUUUGUGUCGACAAUUUUCGAAGAAAUAUUUUCUUGACAUGUAAUAUGUGUCUGAUUGUACCACAAAAAAAUCAUUACAAAAAUUUAAUUAUCGAACGACGUAUUUAUUUACUAGACAGUUACUUUUGUUU